CUCCGCCUGCAGCAGCGCCCCGGGCUCCGGGCCCAGCUCACCCAGCAACAGCUCCGGGAAUGUCAGUACUGAGAACGGGCUCACCCCCACCGUCCCCAGCAUCCAGGCUGAGGCCGGUUUGGCGCACAGACUCGUGACGCGGGAAGGCUCCCUGGCUCCGCUCCCUCUCUACACGUCGCCAUCCUUGCCCAACAUCACCCUCGGGCUGCCUGCCACGGGUCCCUCCGCUGGUGCGGCCGGCCAGCAGGAUGCUGAGAGACUCGCCCUCCCCGCCCUCCAGCAGAGGAUCUCACUCUUCCCUGGCACCCACCUCACCCCCUACCUGAGCUCGUCGCCCUUGGAGCGGGACGGCGGGGCAACACACAGCCCUCUCCUGCACCACAUGGUCUUACUGGAACAGCCACCUGCACAGACACCCUUGGUCACAGGCCUGGGAGCACUGCCUCUCCACGCACAGUCCCUGGUUGGCACAGACCGAGUGUCCCCUUCUAUCCACAAGCUGCGACAGCAUCGCCCACUGGGACGCACGCAGUCAGCCCCGCUGCCACAGAACACCCAGGCCCUGCAGCACCUGGUGAUCCAGCAGCAGCACCAGCAGUUCCUGGAGAAACACAAGCAGCAGUUCCAGCAGCAGCAGCUGCACAUGGGCAAGAUUAUCCCCAAACCAAGUGAGCCGGCUCGGCAGCCUGAAAGCCAUCCCGAGGAGACGGAGGAGGAGCUUCGUGAGCACCAAGCCUUGCUGGACGAUCCGUAUCUGGACCGGCUUUCGGGGCAGAAGGAGGUGCACACACUGGCUGGUGUACAAGUGAAACAGGAGCCCAUCGAGAGCGACGAGGAGGAGGCAGGUGCCCCCCGGGAGGGGGAGCCUGGCCCUCGCCAGCCCACGGAACAGGAGCUGCUGUUUAGACAGCAAGCCCUCCUUCUGGAGCAGCAGCGGAUCCGCCAGCUCAGGAACUACCAGGCAUCCAUGGAGGCCGCUGGUGUCCCCGUGUCCUUCGGUGGCCACAGGCCUCUGUCCCGGGCGCAGUCCUCGCCAGCAUCUGCCACCUUCCCGGUGUCUGUGCAGGAGCCUCCCACCAAGCCAAGGUUCACGACAGGCCUUGUGUACGACACGCUGAUGCUGAAGCAUCAGUGUACCUGUGGGAACACCAAUAGCCACCCGGAGCAUGCUGGGAGAAUACAGAGCAUUUGGUCCCGCCUGCAGGAGACCGGCCUCCGUGGCAAAUGUGAGAGCAUCCGUGGACGGAAGGCCACCCUGGAGGAGCUACAGACGGUGCACUCAGAAGCACAUACUCUCCUCUAUGGCACAAACCCCCUCAACAGGCAGAAAUUGGACAGCUCGCUAACCUCGGUGUUUGUCAGGCUGCCUUGCGGUGGCGUUGGGGUGGACAGCGACACCAUAUGGAACGAGGUGCACUCGUCGGGGGCGGCCCGCCUGGCUGUGGGCUGUGUGGUGGAGCUGGUUUUCAAGGUGGCCACAGGGGAGCUGAAGAAUGGCUUUGCUGUGGUCCGCCCCCCGGGACACCAUGCUGAGGAGAGCACCCCCAUGGGCUUUUGCUACUUUAAUUCUGUGGCAGUGGCAGCCAGACUUCUACAGCAGAGACUGCAUGUGAGCAAGAUCCUCAUUGUGGACUGGGAUGUACAUCACGGGAAUGGGACGCAGCAGGCCUUCUACAGUGACCCCAGCGUCCUGUAUGUGUCACUGCACCGCUAUGACGACGGGAACUUCUUCCCAGGCAGCGGGGCCCCUGACGAGGUGGGCACAGGGCCAGGCAUGGGCUUCAACGUCAACAUGGCUUUCACUGGCGGCCUCAGCCCCCCAAUGGGAGAUACCGAGUACCUGGCAGCCUUCAGAACUGUGGUCAUGCCGAUUGCCAGCGAGUUUGCCCCAGAUGUAGUGCUGGUGUCUUCAGGCUUUGACGCUGUGGAGGGACACCCCACACCGCUUGGGGGCUACAACCUAUCUGCCAAGUGUUUUGGAUACUUGACGAAGCAACUGAUGGCACUGGCUGGUGGCCGAAUUGUCCUGGCCCUUGAAGGAGGCCACGAUCUGACCGCCAUUUGUGACGCCUCUGAAGCGUGUGUUUCUGCUUUGCUAGGAAAUGAGCUUGAUCCUCUGCCAGAAAAGGUCCUACAGCAAAGACCCAAUGCUAAUGCUGUCCGGUCCAUGGAGAAAGUUGUGGAGAUCCACAGUAGGUACUGGCGCUGCCUGCAGCGUGCGUCCUCCACCGUGGGGCACUCUCUGAUCGAGGCGCAGAAGUGCGAGAACGAGGAAGCUGAGACGGUCACCGCCAUGGCCUCGCUUUCCGUGGGCGUAAAGCCUGCCGAGAAGAGACCCGAUGAGGAGCCCAUGGAGGAGGAGCCGCCACUGUAGCCCUUCGUGGAGCCUGUUCUCCUGUUUGUUCGUCUCUGUCUUGAAGCUCAGCCAAGAAACUUUCCCGUUCGCGCUUGAGUCCCGCCACGGUGCUCUCCUGGAGUGCCAAGGGACACCAGGCUUGUGGCAGCGACGGGAAGCCUUUCUGCCAGCCGGCCCCGCGGGUCUGGAGACGCACAUGCACAGCCUGGGCGUGGCAGCCUCUCACGGAACACGGGACAGACGCCAGCGACGUGCAGAUGCGCGGACGCAGAAGCCAAGCACACUCUGGUGGCCCCCCGGGGACGCUACGGAAGAAGGAAGCCUGUGGGCAGCUAGUGGCAGCGUUGCGGAAUUAAGUUGCCACGAGGAAAAGAAAAAGGAAAUCAAAGAUUUAACAAUACAAAAAACUUGAUUAAAACUGGUGCUUUAAAGUUUGAUUAUUACUCACAAGGUUACAGUCUCCGUGUAAACCACUCAACUCAUCUUGUAGCUUAUUUUUUUUUAAAGAGAAAGUUUUCUAUGGCUCUGGCCCGCCUCUGUGAGCCACAGUGGUGUGUGGCAGGGUCUGCAACCAGGUGGGCAGAGUGACGAACCUUUAAAGAAUACAAAACUGGACAGAAACAGGAACGUGAGCCUGGGGGAGUGGGCUUGAGUUUCUCGAAGCCAUCGGAAGAUGCAAGUUUGUGCCUUUUUUUUAUUGCUCUAGUGGGCUUUGUGGCUGGGUUUUCUGAAGCCUGAGGAACAAUGCCUUAAGAAAACAUAAACAGCAGGAAUUGGAGGGCCAGUCUCCUGUGGCUGGUGGAGUCUGGUCUGGCGCUCCGAGGGCAGGUGCCAGCUGCGGCUCCAGGCCGGGGCUGCGGCCCAGUGGUCCUUGUUCUGCUUUAUCACUAUUUAAGAAAAAUGGAGGUAGUUCCAAAAAAGUGGCAAAUACUGUUGGGGGUUUUGAAGUCCAACAAAUUUUGAAUGAAUCCAAAGUGUUCUUUUCUCACACGUUAUGUAAUAAUUGAUCAUCUCCAUUGGUUGUGAAGCAUGUCGUAGGCACCCUUGCAGUGUUACGGUCGGAAUGCUUUUUAUUAAAAGCAAGUAGCAUGAAGCAUUGCUUAAAUUUUAGGUAUGAAUAAAUAUAUAUAUAUAUGUA